UGCUCGAGUAGGCUGGCUGGUGGUAGUUCAGCCGCAAAUUCACUGAAACUAGACCACGUCGCCUUAUCCACACCCACACAAACUACUACUUUCAUCUAGACGACAAAUUCCAAUUCAGAUAACACACUGACAACCCACCACCAUCAAAUCUUCAUUCUUCUCUCUCCUCCCCAAACCAAGAAACCAAGAAAAUGCACUAGUUCUAGUGAGAGAAAGUACCUACAUACAUACACAGAGAAACAGAGAGAGAGAAAACAAACAUGUCAGUAGCUUCAUCUCCAUUCCCAAACAUCCGUAUCUCAACUUCCUCGUCCUCUUCCUCCUCCUCAUCUUCUAGCUUCAGAUUCUCUGCACCGAAACCCGCCACACUUACCGUGCGCUGCUCCCAAUCCGACGGCCCUAUCAGAAGACCCGUUGCCCCUACUCCACCCACCACUCUAAAACCCGUUCCUCCGUCGCCGCCGCCGCCUCUUGUAAAGCCGUCGCCGCCUUCGUCGGCGGCGGCUGCCCCGCCGGUUGCGCCGCCUAAGCCUGCGGCGGUGGUGGAGGUGGAGGGUAAGGGUGUAAUUACGUUGGAGUUUCAGAGGCAAAAGGCUAAGGAGCUUCAGGAGUAUUUUAAGCAGAAGAAGAUUGAGGAAGCUAAUCAAGGACCUUUCUUUGGGUUCAUUCCCAAGAAUGAAAUUGGCAAUGGAAGAUGGGCAAUGUUUGGUUUUGCUGUUGGGAUGCUGACAGAGUACGCAACAGGCUCGGACUUUGUUGAUCAAGUGAAGAUCCUUCUCUCGAAUUUUGGGAUUGUAGACCUCGAAUGAGUUAUCAUCUGUUUGGCCCCCAAUUCUUCAUUUGCUCUGUGUUUGAUGUAAUUUGCUGUACUUAAAUCCAAUGUCUCACCCGCCACUUUUUUGAGUACAUCCUGUUCCAUCUUCUUUUGCCUGUAUCCUCAUCUCACUUAUAUAAAAGAAUUUGAAGAGAGAUCUUUUGGUGCACUUUGGUCAAA